AUGACACAUAGAGAAGCUACAAAGCAGGCGUUGUUACAGGUCAAUGGAUUUUUACAGUCCAUGGGCAGAAACAUUCAUGAAUUUGAUCUGGCACCACAAGCAUACUCAUAUGCUGACCUUCAAGAUUUGACAAGAGAAAUUAGAGCUGAACAAGGUAUUAUAGUCUCGCAGGAAGAUCUUGAUACAAUAAUAAAACUCAAUGAAAAGCAAAAAAUAGCCUUCGAUAUAAUAAUUGGGAGAGUCCAUUCAAAUGAAGGUGGUGCUUUCUUUGUUGAUGGCCCUGGUGGUACGGGAAAAACGUAUCUGUAUAGGGCUUUAUUAGCAAAGAUUAGAUCAGAAACACAUAUAGCGCUGGCAACCGCCACUUCAGGCAUAGCAGCGUCAAUACUCCCUGGGGGUAGGACGGCUCAUUCAAGAUUUAAAAUCCCACUUGACUUAGUCGAAGGAGGAACUUGUAGAGUUAGCAAACAAAGUUCUUUGGCAACUCUAAUUAAAGGAUCUAAGCUGAUCAUAUGGGAUGAGGCCCCAAUGGCCAAAAGGACCGCUAUCGAGGCUUUAGAUGAUCUUUUGCAAGAUCUCAUGGAUUCAAAGGAACUUUUUGGGGGUAAGGUUGUCGUGCUUGGUGGAGAUUUUAGACAGACACUACCCGUGGUGCGCAAGGGUACUAAGGCGGAAACUAUUGAUGCAUGUCUAACUAAUCUCCAUUAUGGCCAUCACUUCACAUAUUACGUUUGGAAGAGAACAUGA